AUGAGGUUGAGUCUGCGGCAUCGGUGUCUGCAUGUGGCGGCUGGUUUGCGCAUGCGGUUCCCUGUCGCCAUGCCUAUAGGCGAAUUCAUGUGUAUAUACAUUCAAGCCGGGCUAGACAGGAAUGGGGCAACUGUCGGGAUGCCCGCAAUUCGCAGGUCUUCAUCUUAUUCUCAGAAGCUGUGUUUUGUUUAUGCCAUCUGGGAAGAGAAUAGACCCAAAGGUGUGCGUUGCCCUUGGUCGGACGCUCCAACAAUCGUUCUUCACCGUGUGGAGGCAAGACUGUCUCCGGUUUCGGAACUGUAUGCACGGGCUUGUAUGCCGUUCCGUGUGCUUUGA